UACACACGUCAAGCACUGUAAGAUGGCCAGAGUAGCCUCCCUUCUUCUCAAAUAGAUCUGUGAAAAAUUCAAACCUACAUCCUGAAACGUCGCAUACAAAGUAUUGAGAAAGUCACUCUCAUUUUCUGUUUACAAUGGUUCUGUAGAAUGGUGGCUUAUAAUAGUGUCUUUCACACCAGAAACGUUUUAAAUAAUCUGUGUUGAACCACACCCACUAUAAUGUAACAUACAUAGAAGGUGAAUUAUAAAAGGUGGAUUAAUUCGUGUAAAUGUUUCAUUAUUAUAAAAGGAUUAGACCACAUCUUGACUACAUAUCGCAGCAAAAUUUGAUGACAACUAGACCAAUUCUAUAACAUAUUCUGAAUUAACAAGAGGCACAAAAAUCUAGUCAAAAUGAUUCCGCUAACUCUGGUGUUUGUUGGAUUACCUUUGUGCUCAGUGGCGGCCUUCUCAUUACCAGACUUUCUCGAGCCACUAGACAACGACGAUGAAUCCUCCUGCCAUCCAAACUAUUGUGAAGUCCUUAACACUUGCGUCUCCACGGAGACUUGCGUUUCAUUUGGAUGUAACUUGACAACAUGUAUCUCUCAUAACGAUUUCUUUACAGUAAAUUCAAGUGAAAUCCUUACAAGCACGACAGUAAGAAAAGAUCACCACUGUGCUAAUGUAUCCGACUCAGACUGCCCUGACCCCAUUUUUUGUCCGGCAUUGGUCCACUGUGAGUGUCAGCCUCAGUGGGUGGGACCUUUCUGCAAUGUGCCGUGCACGUUACCUUGUGUCAAUGGUGAGUGCAAGAUGGACAUCGAUCCAGAGAAUAAGAGUCGUCAGAUCUUCUACUGUAACUGUCAGCCCUCCUGGACGGGGAUGUACUGUCAUGAUGAGUUUGAAGACCCUGGACAAGAGAACAGAAGACGGGUUCGAAUCAUGGCAGGUGUGCUAGCUGGAUCCCUGAUACUUGCCCUGAUUAUAGUCAUUGUCAUCCCUGUGGUGCUUUGGAGACUUCGAGUCAUCUUUGUUCUUAGAUUGGUUUAUUAUUUUAAAAGCUACGACAAUAGCGAUGAUAAGCUGUACGAUGUGUAUAUCUCAAUGACUGAAACAUCAAAUGCUGAGAAAUUCGUUUAUAAAGAAUUGAGGCCGAAACUUGAAGACCUCGGAUUUUCUAUGUACAUUCAGGCCAGGGACAGUUCACCUGGAGAAGUUUUGAGUGAGUCUAUAGUCCAUGCUGUAGAGAAAAGUCGUUGUACAAUAAUGAUCAUCACUCCUGACUACAUUAAAAAUGAAUGGAGCAGAUUUGAAUAUUUGAUUGCACAGCAUGAAACACUUAAAUUGAAUCAGAAGAUCAUUCCCAUAAUUCUUGAACAAGUAGACCAGACUAACAUGGACAAGGCACUCAAGCACAUUAUUUAUUCAGUCAAGUGUUUAAAGCACCCUUAUAUGAAAUUGGUGCAAUCUUUAGAGCCGAAUCCUAAAAAGUCUUGUGUUAGUUCAUGGCAUUUACAAAUGGAAGGAGGCAGGAAGAAUUAUUAUGACAUGAUGUCCAUUCAAGAUCAAGAAAUUGAGAAAGCAUCUGAAAAGUUCUGGAAAAGGCUGGAACUAACUCUACCUAAAAAGAACCUAAAAAGAAAAAGCUUGAAAAAGAGUCCAGUUAGUGUUUACAUAAAAAGUAUCUGAGCUUUUUGAAAGACUAUACAUUUGUUAGAGUGGCACCCACACCCACAGUAAGAUGAGAAUUCAUUUUAAUGAUGCCAAGAAAGAAACCUGGAAAUCAAGACCAAUUUAAAUUAGAUGUUUGCAGCUUUUUUUUUUUGAUUAUUUCGUUUGAACUAAACGAGUGAGUGUUAGCACAAAGAUUUCAUAAGUAACUCAUUUCUUAAAUUUAUUUUGUUAUUGUUAUUCUUUAGUGUAACGAAACAAUUAUGGACAAAAGAAAACUAAUUUUAACAAAAACAUAAAUUUAAAUUUCACUAUUUUGCAUUUUAUUCAUUCUAACAUGCACCAAAGAGUCAACAAGUCAAUUUGAGAAAAGAAUCAAUCUCAGCGGAAGUUACAAUGAUUGCCAAAUGUUCUUUUUCUUUUAGAACAGAGGUUCAAAACUUCUCAGUCUUAUUGGUAUAUACAUUUACAACAAGCUUUUCACUGGCCUUUGUGGCUUUAUUAAUCACUGUGUGAUGAACUUUUCACGGGCCUUUGUGGCUUCAUUAUUCACUAUGAACUGAAGCUUUUAGGGCCGGAUAUCAAAGGUCGGACAUGGCCCUCGGGUGGUAGUUUGGGCAUCAUUCUUUUCUACGCUUCGAAAGGGCUGAUGUUGGCGUCAAACUUUUCGUCCGUCAAACUCAGAACCAUCGUGGAAGCGAAUAACUUCGAAAAGGCAGCCUUCCUUUUUUUUUUCAGAUAUUUGAAACAUUUGCUACAGGAAUUAGAGUUUAUUUUUAUUUUCUUUGUAUUGUCUGUCUUGUAUUUUUAAAGCUUAUAUCAUAUUCAAUCUUGUAUCUGAAAUGUUUCUUUUACAUGUUGCAAUAUAUUCAUGUUUUAA